AUGGUCUCCGACUCCGGCACCGGCCAAAUCGAAUCCUACUACGACGAGGCAUCCAUCCGUGCCCUCACCCGCAAAAUCGAUCGUCGCAUCUUGCCAUUGAUGUGCGCCAUCUACUUUCUGCAGUAUUUGGACAAGACGUUGUUGAAUUACGCUUCGGUGAUGGGGUUGAAUACGGAUACGAAGUUGGUUGGGAAUGAGUAUGCGUUGCUCGGGACCGGUUUUUAUAUUGGAUAUUUGGUGUGGGAGCCGCCGACCAACUACUUGAUGCAACGGCUUCCGUUGGCAAAGUAUUUGAGUGGCAAUAUCGUUGUCUGGGGAGCUAUGGUCGCUCUCCAUGCGUGCGCGAAGAACUUUGCGGGGUUGAUGACCUUGCGAGUCCUUCUCGGAGUGUUCGAAUCGUGCGUUGCCCCCUCGUUGGUCUUGAUCACCGGACAAUGGUAUACCCGCGCCGAACAAUCUCGUCGUCUCGGAAUUUGGUAUCUCCAGAUCGGUAUCGCACAAAUGCUCGGAUCCCUCAUGUCCUGGGGUCUUCAGCAUCUCCACGGCGCGGCGUUGAAGAACUAUCAAAUCCUCUUCUUGCUGUUCGGGCUCCUCACCAUCGUACUUGGAAUCACUGUCUACAUCUUCCUUCCCUCUUCCCCCGCUGACGCUAAAUGGUUGACGACUGAGGAGAGAGAGAUGCUCCUCUUCCACGUCCAAGGGGACACGAAAGGUAAAUCCGUCUCGGACCGUCAAUGGCGGUGGUCUCAAGUCUCCACCACCCUCCGCGAACCAACGACUUGGCUGGUGAUCCUCAUCACGGCCUUAACCAUGAUCGACAACGGCGCCGUCUCAAACUUCUCCUCCAUCAUCAUCAAAUCCUUCGGCUUCUCCGGAAUCCAAACAACCCUCCUCAACUUCCCGAACGGCGUCGUCACCAUCUUCGCAACCUUCUUCUCCACCUUCCUCGCCGCCUCUUUCCCGCGCUUGCGUCUCACUAUCCUCACAGCCCUGUUGAUCCCCUCCAUCAUCGGCGGGAUUAUGCUCGUGACCCUCCCCACAACCGCAAAAGGCGCCCUCCUCGUCGGCGUUUACCUCCUCAACUCAGCCCCCGCCGGUCUUCCACUAAUCUACGGCCUCAUGGCCGCAAACUUCACCGGCUAUACCCGUAAAGCCACCAUCAACGCUCUCGUCCUCAUGGGAUUCUGUCUCGGAAACAUCAUUGGCCCGCAGAGUUUCGUGCCGGCUCAGGCGCCGGCGUAUAGAGGUGCGAAGAUUGGUAUUGUUGUUACCUUGGCUGCUGCAGGAGGGUUGUGUAUGGUGUUGAGGUGGAUGUGGAAGAAGGAGAAUGAGAGGAGGGAGGAGGGGAGUGGGACUGGGGUUGUGGUUGAGUUGAGUGGGAAGGCGGGGAGUGUUGAGAGGGAGGAGGAUGAGAUUACGGAUUUGGAUAACAAGGCGUUCCGCUACGUCUAUUAG